AUGGCUGAUCGCGCUUCCUUCCUGGACCCCACGUCCGCCGUGGCGGCCAUCACAAAACACAAAGCCGAAGCAAUAAAACUAGCGCGCGAGCAAGGAACAGCAGUCCAAGAAAUGUGUCGACGAGCAAAGACAGAAAACCCACCCUACGAAUUCGAAGAAUUAAUCGGCAAAGGAGCAUACGGACGAGUGUACAAGGGCCGCCAACUUCCCUCCAAGAAAGUUGUCGCUGUUAAGGUGAUGGAUGUUGAUUCGUUGGAUUACAAGACCGUUCGGGAUUUUAGGGAUGAGUCGAUUAAGGACUUUAUUCAUGAGACGAGGGUUAUGAAGCAGGUGAAGGAUUCGGGGGCGAGGAAUAUUAAUGAGUUGAUUGAGGCGGUUUCGAUCCAUUCGCAGUUGUGGUUGGUUUGUGAGUAUUGUCCGGGUGGGAGUGUUAGGACUUUGAUGAGAGCCACUGGUGAUAGACUUGACGAAAAAUUCAUCAUUCCCGUGGCGCGUGAAUUGGCCAUUGGUCUUCGCGCUAUUCACGACGCAGGCAUCAUCCACCGUGAUAUCAAGGCUGCCAACAUCUUGAUCCACGAAGAAGGUCGUCUGCAAAUCUGUGAUUUUGGUGUUGCUGGUAUUCUACAGUCGCAGGUGGAUAAGCGGUCUACAUGGAUAGGCACGCCUCACUGGAUGCCUCCGGAGAUGUUCUCAGCCAAGGCCGAAGCCCAUCGAUAUAGCAGUGAGGUCGAUGUAUGGGCAUAUGGUUGCACGCUCUUCGAAUUUGCAACAGGAAACCCGCCAAACUCGAACCUCCGAGAACGCAUGCAAAUAGGACGUCAACUCAACCGGACAAAACCAAGGCUUGACAAAGAGGAAUACAGUGAAGAACUCAAGGACCUUGUCAACUACGCAUUGGACUCUGAUCCUAGGACUCGGCCUACAAUGGCAGAUACUUUGACGCACUCGUUCAUCGCGGAUACCGAAGAAUCUCACCCUACGUCAUCUCUGGGCGAGCUAGUGCGGAUUUACUACCAGUGGUCACAACGCGGCGGUCAAAGAAUUUCGCUGUUCCAUCCGGGCGGUGCAGCAGCUGCAGAGAUCCCGGAUGUGGAUGAUACUUUUGCAGAGGAUUGGAAUUUCAGUACGACGGAUGGCUUCGAGAGACGGUUUUCAGUCAUUGAUCUCGAUGAACUUGCUGCAUCGCUUGCAGAAGUCGAAGAUCAAAUUAGCCCUACCACAGUACAGCCAAAGAAAGAUAGUCUCGAUGAACCGCGCGAUACAGACUUGUCUCGAGACGACAAGGCCAAUUUUGACGAACGUGUCCGUCGAGGCGCCACGGCCAUGGAAGGUCUUUUCGACAACGAGAAACCCACUUACACAUACGAAACGAAAAACGACUUUGUCCCUGUCGAACAGAGACGACCGCCCUCAGACCUUCCACUGCGUACAGACACUGAUCGCUCGUCCGUGAUGUCCACAUUCAUCGACAUCGAUAUCGGAUCCUUCGAUUCUUCCCAUUACGCCGCAGCCGCAGCAACCACACAACCCAUCCAACUCGCAGACGCAGACACAAUCAAAGCAUACCGCCAACAGCGCACAUCAAGCGGCACCAGCUCCCGGUCGUCAAGCAGCAGACGCGAUUCCGAGGACAUGACAUUCCAACCCCAAACCGGACCCCGCCCACCAACAAUGGACUGGAAAUUUCCCGUCUUCAUGAAAGCUCCAGAGGAAGAAGCAGAAUCAAAACCGGAAGGAGAAGGAGAAGGAGAAGGAGAAACAACACCCGAGGCAAAACCAGCCGAGCCGACAAAUCCAUCCGAUAAACGAGCAACAAUGGAAUGGACAUUCCCUUCAAUGGGCGCACAACCCGCAGACGACAAUCCAAGUGUAGACCCCGGCCGCUUCGAAACCCUCAAAGCACCUCUCGUCGACACGGGCACCGAACCAUCUGAGACUAUCAGACCAAUUAGUAUCGGGGAACCAGGAGACUCGCGUCCGUCAACAUCCGGCUCGCAAGGCUCUGUUUUCAGCUUCGCUCCAAGCUCCGAGGCAGACUACGACCCUUUCCGUCUUGAUAGACCGACCUCACCUACCUCCCAAUACCCGCACCAAAAAUACCACCAUGGUCCAUCUAGCUUCGAUGCCACCGACUUCCCCGAGAUAAUUGAUGCAAAUGAAGACACCUACGGCCGUCCCUCGUCUGUCAUCGAAGGAGGUCCAGGCCCUGACGACCACAACCGUCCGUCUUCAAUCAUAGAAGAAGGACCUGGCCCAGACGACCGCCCCUCCUCAAUAAUCGAAGAAGGACCCGGCCCGGAUGACCACAACCGUCCAUCGUCAGUCAUAGAAGAAGGCCCCGGCCCCGACGACGACCACCACCACCCUGAUCGAGCCUCCUCAAUCCUCGACCUCGACGGCCCCGGCCCAGACGAAGAAGACGAAACCGAAACCUCCACAAUAACAACAACCUGGGGCUCCCGCACAAUCGGCCCCCCCUCCUCACAUACCUCAAUCAACACGCGCACACACCGCACCUCAAAACCCUCCUCCGACCCCUUCUCCGAACCCUUCCCGACAGCGAUCCCAUCGCGUGAAUACCCAGACAACGUUCCCGACUCACCGCUCCCAGAUGCACUGCCUACAGCUACAGUGCGACAUCGUCAUGCUGGUAGUGGGGGUGUGGAUAGAGUGCAGUUUCCGGAUCUUGUUCCGCCGAGUGUGGAGAGUUUGGCGCAGGGGGCCGAGGAGGGGGUUUUGAUGGGGGAGUUGGAUCGGUUGUUGGUGGAUUUUUUGGAUGCGCUGUCGGCGACAGGGGAGGCGUUGGGGAAGACGAGGCCUGGUUCUGGUGGUGGGCGUGGAUUGGAGACGGUGGAGGUUGGUGUUGGUGUUGGUGGUGGUGGGGUGUCUGAAGGGGAGUGA